AUGGGGUGCUGUGGUAGUUCCCAGUCUGAGACGGACUUACCACCUUCCUCUUCCAGCCGACAUCACAUUGUAAAUCAGCAACCUGUCGCACAACCCGAACCCGUCUUGCACAUGGCGCAUCAGUUCUCGGCGUCACCCGAUUCUCCGCCGUUACAAUACCCCCUCCCGACUUCCAACUACACGGCUUUAGAUGACAACGAUUUCUCCUCUACAACCGGUACCAUGCCAUUCCACGUGCGACAAGCGUCUGCAUCUUCGCGAGACCAAGGCAAAGUCGUCAUUGCUAUUGAUUUCGUAAUGCAGGACCAGGAACAACGUUUUCUGGUGUCGUAUGUCUCGAGCUUCCAAUGGAGCAUUGUCCUAUAUUUAUGCAACGCCCUCGAGGCUUAUGGUUCUUCUGGAUUUUCCGCUGGUCAAGUCCAGCAAAUUAUGCGGUGGCCACACUCCUUGGAAACGCUCCGGAAGAUUCCAACUUGUCUCCUCUAUGACGUCGACGGGCGCCUGGUAGAUUGGGGUCUACAGGCAAAGAAUGCCAGAUUGCAACCUGGACUUAUCCGAUAUGAGUGGUUUAAACUCUUCCUCGAGCCCCGCGCUCUUCGUGAUGAGCCAGAGCUGGAUCCACGACUACCUGUGCUUCCAACGGGAAAAACUCCAACGGACCUCAUCACCGACUUUCUUCGUUCACUUUGGAUUUACUCCCGCGAGGAGAUAACGCGAGACAUGGGAGCCGUUGUAGACUUGUAUUCUGCAGACGUCUGGCUUACUGUUCCCGCUGCGUGGGAUGCACGGGGUUAUGCCAUGAUGAGAGCAGCGGCGAUUGCUGCUGGCCUUGUUCAGAGCGCGUAUCCUGGAGACACAACGUGGCGAGAUCCUUUCAUCAACUCCGCCCUUCCCAAAAUUUUCUUGUUUGUGAUGCGGGAGGUGGCACAGUUGACUUGGCUGUUUACAAAGUCGUCUCCAACUACUUCAUCACCCAUUUCUGACCAAUGCCUAAAGAUCAUUGGUGACCCAGCACAGCUCGAAAUUGCAGAAAUAGCGGCUCGCAGUGGGGCAAAUUGUGGCAGUCUCUUUCUUGAUAUCAGAUUUCGGAAUUUGGUUAAAACGCUUCUUGUCGAUCAUCCCAGUCACUGUGAUGCGCCAUCGCUUGCUUAUUUCAUGAACUCCUUCAGCGAAGCAGACAAGCUCACGUAUGCCGGAACCGAAGAUGAUGACAACGAGUUUUAUUUUACUUGUUUCAAUAUUCAGGAUGCCGCAGAUGAUCCUCCUGUGGGCUUGGUCAACGGGCAACUAGGAAUUCCAGGACGCCUGUUGCGACAAAUGGUAUUUGAUCCAGUCGUGGACGAAGUAAUUCGGUUAAUCGAAAAGCAACUGGCUGCAUCACCUCCAAUUGACGCAUUGCUCCUUGUCGGUGGUUUUUCAGGGAGUGCUUAUCUCAAAACACGCAUAGAAGACCGUCUACACGGAAAAAUCUUGACCAUUGCCCGGCCUCCAGACUGUGACACAGCAACCCUUCGAGGUGCAGCGCACUAUGGACUCGCACGACGGCCGCUGGUUUCGCAACUGAUCGUCCCUCGAUCUUAUGUAAUGAAGGUACUCGCCUUGCCUGCGUUUGUGCUACCACUCAACUGGAGCAAGGUAAAGCUACCGGCCGAGCCGGAAGACCGGAUUCGACGUCCGGGCUACGUGACCUACAACGACGCUGGCGUGGAAAUAUGUGAGAAUAGGCUGCAAUAUUUAGUGCAAAGAGGGGCUAUGCUCAGAAAAGGUCCUCUCCCCCUUGUCAUCUUUUUUCUUCUUUCCGUUCGGACCCAUUUGGAUUAUCACAUUCUGUUUCCCCGAUCAUUUGUCGACAUCGUCAUUUAUUGGCGCCGAACAUCGACGCAAAUGUCCUUGCCGCCGAUCAAUCGGCUCGAUGCCGCGGCAUCGACGUUGACGGCUUUCUUCGCACGCUGCCAUUCUUGGUGGCGGAUUGUCGUUGGUCGUUGGUCUUGGUUGGGCCAAUAUUCCGUCUACGAUCGUCCAACGCUCGAUGCAUAUAGACAACGCAUCACUACACCAUUUUGCAAAUUUUCGAAAACACGGGACGACAGCACGUUUACAGCAACACUCUAUACCUUCGACUCAGACGCAUCCACGGAUGUAGACACCGCGCGAUACGCUGACGAGGCUGAGCUUCGACCCGUAUGUGACUGGCGUGUGGACUUGAGGGGACUGCGUGGUUGGAGCGCGAACGGGGAAGGCGGAUUUUACACUGAUUUCGAAAUAGGGCUCGAGGUAGAUGGCGGCGCGGUUGGAGGAACGCUGAUAUACCAACAAGAGGAAUGUGGACGCGUAGUGUUUGAUUUCCAAGACCACACCUCCGCACCCUCUCCCAUGGCACUUUCUCGCGCCAGUAUUGUGGCCGCGCUCUCUCCUAUCGCCAUUUCUCAACCUCGCUGGCGCAAUUGGGGUCGUACUUUCCACUGCUCCCCUGCUGUUGUUUUCAAGCCAACCACGAUUGAAGAAUGUCAACUUGUCAUUGAACUAGCGCGUCGAGACCGACGCGUCGUUCGCGCCGUAGGCGUUGGCCAUUCACCUUCAGACAUCGCAUGCACGACUGACUACAUGAUGGACAUAACUGGCAUGAACAAGAUACUUGAGGUCAACGUAGAGGAAAACUAUGUCGUCGCUGAGGCAGGGAUUAUGCUGUCAUACCUCCACACAGCACUCGCACCCUAUGGACUCGCUAUGCGCAAUUUGGGCUCCAUCUCCGAUCAGACGCUGUCUGGCAUCGUAGCGACGGCAACUCACGGCGCUGGUUCUGCAUUUGGUGUCAUGCCCACCCACGUUUUGGCGCUCACCGUUCUGCUUCCUUCCAACGAGGUCGUUCGCUGCUCACAAACCGAAAACCACGAGCUCUUCAGCGCAAGCUUGUGUGGGCUUGGAGCCACCGGUAUAUUGCUUAACAUUACACUCGAGCUUGAGCCUUCCUUCAAUCUCCGAGACGUUCAAACUAUACGCCCUUUCGAUCAAGUAUUGGGUAGUCUCGACUCCAUCAAGAACUCUGGCGAACAUGUCCGUCUAUGGUGGUUUCCAGCAAUUGGUAUGGUUCGUUGCAGUGUUAUGGACCGUACCUCCGAGCCCGCCCGCCGAGUAAACUCGUGGUUAUGGGACUCCUCACUAGGAUUUCACGUUGUGCAGUUCAUGCUGUUCCUAACGCGUUUUGCGCGUCCUCUCAUUCGCCCGAGCUUUCCGACCUCGCUUUCGCCGUCGAGAACUUACUCUCCCUUCUUAAUUCCACGGAAUUUCCUCGCAUUUUUGACUUCAUUUGUCUCUUAUCUUUGGCUCCUGCUUCUCCAUCUGGGCUCCCGUGUCCUUGCUCAACAUAUGAGUGAAGCUAAUAUAUGGGCUUCUCAAGUUGCUCUCGCCCUCUCUGGCCCACGGCAAAGUGUCACGAUUGACCGAAGUGACCGUAUUUUCAACAUCGAGUGUCGAUAUCCCCAAUACACCACGGAGUGGGCGAUUCCCGCCGAUCGUGCAGAAGACUGUUUAUGCGCCCUUUCGGCAUGGUUAAAGAACGAGCAAGACAGAAGUAUGGGCGAACGUCCCCAUUUUCCCAUCGAGAUUCGUUGGAGUGCUGGAGACGAUUUGUGGCUGAGUCCGGCUAAUGGCGGCAAAGAGACAUGUUGGAUUGGCAUCGUGCAAUUCAAGCCAUACAACCUCCCAACACGUUACCGGUCUAUGUUUGCAGAGUUUGAGCGUGUACUAGCGGCACACGGCGGGCGCCCGCACUGGGCCAAGGCACAUCACCUCAACUCUUCACAACUACGUGCAUUGUAUCCUGACCUUGGGCGCUUCCUUGAAGUUGUGCAAAAGGUCGAUCCAGACGGUCUUUUCCGAAAUGAAUAUAUUGAACGGCACUUGUUGGGGCAUGUCAGCAAUGGCCGCGAAUUCAAACAAUGGGACAACGCCGGUCACUAUCCAACUCCAACAGACUGGCGAACGAUGCCGUCGGAAGACGAGCUUCAGCACCGGAGGCUUCUGAGAACUCAAUAUUAA